AGUACCUCUUGAGAAAUCCGUGGAUGAAAACGUAAGCAAUGAACUCAGGAAAUAAAGCUCCACAAAUAAUUGCUGGUCUAAGUGCUGCAGGAGGUGCCUUCUGUGUCGGGACAGCAUUAGGAUGGAGUUCUCCAGCAGCACCACGACUUAUUGAUGAGGAACAAUACUUUCCAAUAUCAACAAGUCAAUGGAGUUGGAUAGCAUCAAUUGUUACUGUUGGAUGUGCCAUUUCCUGCAUUCCAAUUGGAUAUUUUAUGAAUAAGUUUGGAAGGAAGCGAACAAUGAUGUGGCUUGUAGUUCCAUUCUUAAUUGGAUGGGGAUUAAUUAUUUGGGCACAAAACUUUACGAUGAUGUUAAUUGGACGAAUCUUUCUUGGAAUUGCUGGAGGUGGAUUUUGUAUCUCAGCUCCUCAAUAUUCUGCAGAAAUAGCUGAAAAAGAAAUUCGAGGCUCUUUAGGAACAGCUUUUCAACUGCUCAUUGCUCUUGGAAUUUUGUUCGUUUACGUUAUCGGUGCUUACAUGUCUGUCUUCGCAAUGAACAUCGUCUGUGGAAUUUGUCCAAUUAUAUUUGCCAUCAUUUUCGUGUUUAUGCCUGAAUCACCUGUUUACUUGAUGAUUAAAAAUCAAGAAUAUGAAGCUAGAAAGUCAUUAGUAUGGCUUAGAGGCAAGGAAUAUGAUCCAUCCGAUGAAAUUGAGGAGCUGAAGUUAAACUUGUCGGACGAAAUGGAAGCAAAGGUUCCAUUCUCAGUUGCCAUAAAGGAACGGUCAUCGAUAAUUGCUUUAGUUAUUGGAAUUGGGUUGCUGUACUUCCAGCAAAUGUGCAUGAUUAAUGCGAUUCUGUUUUAUUCCACAACUAUUUUUGGGGCAGCCGGUGUCGGUCUUUCAGCAGACAUGUCAACAAUCAUUAUCGGUGCUAUGCAAUUUGUAUCCUCAGCUGGUGGUUCCUUCUUUGUUGAUCGUGUUGGUCGACGAGUUUUACUUCUUGGAUCAAUUUUUAUCAUGACCUUGACACUCUUUGCGCUUGGUGCUUUCUUCUACAUCAAAUCAGUGGAUGAGGAAGCUGCUGAAUCUUUAGGAUGGCUACCACUUACUUCACUUUGUAUUUACAUUCUUGCAUAUCCAUGUGGUUAUGGAGGUGUUCCAUGGCUUGUUGUCAGCGAAGUAGCACCAAAAAAAUUGAAAGCAUUUUGUGGACCAAUUAUUGGAUUCUACGCUUGGGGAUUUGCAUUUUUAAUAACAUUAACGUUCACUAAUAUUACUGAAUUAUUUGGAACUGGUCCGACGUUCUGGAUAUUUGCUGGCGGUAGUGUUGUUGGUGUAUUCUUUACUUACUUUGUGGUUCCGGAGACAAAGGGAAGAACAUUGGCUGAGAUUGAGUAUUCGUUGAAUAAAAAGGCUUAUGCUGAUUAGAAAAUUU